CUCACCUCUCGAACAGCACACCAUGGCCGGCGAGUACACCUGUGGUCGCUGCCUACAGGUACUGCAGCGAGGAGCCAUUGGAUCGACUUCCCUUGCAACAAUGCUACCAAGGCUGCCGGUCUCCAGGCGAUGUCCCGCUUCUGUGCGAAGCUUUGGCUCACGAAGCUUGUCGUGCAAGAACCUGCAAGGGCAGGCAAAGAGAGCAUCGCCCCAUGGCCUACAGAAUAUAUCUUACAACCUCCAGUCAUUCAGGUCCAAGGCUUCGUCUGCGACGUCUAGCCACCUGUCGCCGGAUCGGGCGUUGCUGAAGCCUAACAACCUAUUCCACCCUUUUACCCAGUCCCCGGCCUCCGCAAUCCGACAGCGUGCUGCAUUCAUCAAACAAAAUUCAUUCUGCCCUCAUCCGAGCCACCAGCAAACACGCGCGCCCGUCUCGCCCCACGACCCCGAGUCGCGCAAGUGUCAACACGAGUCGAGUCUUCCACCAGCCCAUUCCCACUUUGAAUGUCCCGACUGUGGUGUCCCAAUCUACUGUUCGGAGGGGCAUUGGAUGGAUGACUUCGAGGCGCACCUGGAGAUAUGCGAGACCAUUCGACAGAUCAACGAGGAUGACCAUGAUCUACACUCGGGGCGCUUCUUCCCGGAGUUUGCCUAUCCGGGUCUGCAGGAUGAUAACUAUGUCAUUAACAUGACCAAUUGGGACACCUUUCUCUACACACGGGAGUUCGACGCGAUCAACGAUGAUAGGAGUAUGCGACAAGUGACUAGGAUGCUCACCUACCCGCUUACGAUCGGAAGCGUUUUGCACGAGUUGAGCCCUUAUAGCGUUCGGAAGUCCGGCAGACUCACCGUCGAAGGCCUCAAAAGUGUGAGCGCUCUACGAUACACCAUGCAUCCCCCCAAGACCGGAGAAGGCGUCGAUAUUCGAGGGCUGCGUUUGAAAGCCCCGCCCGUGCGGAUUUUCAUUCUGGGAGCACGCGCCGAGUCUUCCUUGCCCCGCGAUGUUUGGCUCCAGCUCAGUCACAUUUUCCCGCGGUCACUUAUCCACCUGAUCUUCAUCGGUCCGGAGAGUAUGGCCAAUCGAGAUGCCGAAUUCCCCCUCCCAGAGCGAACGCCCGAGAACCCAUUUGGCGGGAUCGUCGAAGACCGACUGGGCGGGCAGUUCAAGAUCACGACGUACGUCGACUACUUCCACACGAUGUACAAUGCGCAGUACUUCCAGCCAUUCGAUCCGUACCUGGAUUGCUUUAUGCUCUUCCAUCCUGGCCUCGGUCACCCGGCGAGCUCCCACGAGUGGGAAGAAACCUUGCCGCAGCUUCUCGAAACCAAGGUCCCCAUCCUCAGCACCGGAUACACUCAGUGGGACAUGGAGCGGGACAUCAAGUGGGUGGGUGAGAAGUGUGCCGGGGAAUUCGACGUCUUGUUGGAACCGGGAGAGAACAUCUUCCGCAGUCUACGAUGGGAUCUCAAUGAUCUGGACCCCCACGACGUGUCCUGCGGCAAUUGGGGAGUAUGGGCAUUCCGAGGGAAAAGGUAUGAGGCCACUUUCAAACCAACAUAGCACCGUGUACUUUCGGCGAACCCGUUUCUCCAUGCUUUCAUUCCUCUUGGCCCUUUUCGCUUCCUGCGCCGAACCCGUCUCUUGUAAAUUUAUGCAUAGGAGUGUAAUGCUUUCUUUGCCCCUACCUAUCCCCCCAAGGCGGACAGGGUGGAGCACACACGCAUCCAACUCCGCUCAUUCGAAUGUGUUAAUAUAUAUAACAAUCUGUACCCUAUACUUGUCUUGCUGCCACGUAGAACCACACACAGG